UAUCCACUGUAACACAAAUCAAUAUGAGGAGUGGUCGCUCAUCUUCUCACACACCACCGGCAACCAAAGAGAAGCUACGCAGAGAUCGUAUGAAGGACCUCUACUCCACACUUGCUACUCUUCUUCAUCUUCAACCAUAUGAGAGAAAGUCGUUGCCUGAGUUCUUGGAUCAAGCGACGACAUCACUGAAACGGUGGAAAGAGAGAGUAGAGAGAUUGAAGGUUAAAAAAGAAGAGCUACAAAAGGAAAUUAAUGUGAAAGGGGAGUCGAGCAAUAAGGAACCAAGGUUGCAGGUGGUUCGAGUGACGGAAUCAGUGGAUCUGAAAUUAGAGGUUAACAUGAUAUUGAUGGUGAAUAACAAGAGGGUGGUGCCAUUUGAAGUUUUGAGAGUCAUAGAGGAAGGUGGUGCUGAUAUUACGAGUUCUAGUUUUUGUACUAUCGGUGAUCGCAUCUACUGUACCGUUCAUGCUCAGGCUUUUCAAGCACGUUUAGGGUUCGACGCCAAACUAAUUGAAUCGCGAUUGAUGGAACUGGUUUAUUAGCUCAGACGUUCGGACUUGGAUUUAGCCAUAUUUACUUAAAAGUUUUUUCAUUUGAUAGUGAAGUAGACAGUCAUUAAUUUGACUGAUUUACUGUGAUGUUGAUUAUCAGAAAUGUUGUACAAAAUUUACUCUACAAGUAGUUUCUGGUAUGAUUGUGAUUAUUUUCUACUUUUGUUAAGUAUUUAUGCGUUUUAAUAUGUAAGUAAUUCGUGAGACAUCAGACAUUUGUUGGGGUGUUUGA